CCUCACGGAGCAACUGGAGGCUGGAGCAGAUGCAGAGACAUUAGUGAGCAGCAGACAGAGGACACCAUGCAGAGAGGGAAGCUGCACCACUUCGAUUCUUGAUGAGCCUGAUCCCUGAACACCACAAACUCUGUCUGUGCCUGAUUCUCAGCAGGACCAAGGAAUCAGACAGGAGAGACCCUGAAGAGGAGACGACCAGAUCCUGACGGGCACAAAACCUCAGCUCAGGACAAACCGGGACAAACAAACAAACAAACAAACAAACAAAGAAGAGUCAAAGAUAAGGAGGAGGAGAGCUCUACAGAUGUGAGUGAAUGCAGAGAGGCGAGAGAUGCUCAUAGGGGCCUGACGGUAAAAUAUAAAGUGCAACAAAAACUGAGCGAAAGGACAACCUGCCAGAGCCACUCAACUAAAAGCUGUUGCAAGAAAGAAUCAGAUCAGACCAGAGGAACAAAGUCAGGAUGGCCAACUCAGGUCUCCAGCUGCUGGGGUAUUUUCUGGCAUUGGGCGGCUGGAUCGGUGUCAUCUCCACCACCGCCCUGCCCCAGUGGAAGCAGUCAUCCUACGCUGGAGAUGCUAUCAUCACCGCUGUGGGUCUGUACGAGGGGCUGUGGAUGAGCUGUGCCUCUCAGAGUACCGGACAGGUGCAAUGCAAGAUCUUUGACUCCAUGCUUUCAUUGGACAUUCACAUCCAGACCUGCCGGGCUCUGAUGGUGGUGUCGGUGCUGCUGGGCUUCAUCGGCAUCAUAGUCAGCGUGGUGGGCAUGAAGUGCACCAAGGUGGGAGAUAACAACCCGUCCACCAAGUCCCGUAUAGCUGUGACCGGAGGAGCCCUGUUCCUGCUUGCAGGUCUGUGCACGCUGGUGUCCGUGUCCUGGUACGCCACGCAAGUGUCCUAUCAGUUCUUCAACCCAAACACACCACCCAACGCCAGGUACGAGUUCGGCUCGGCCUUGUUCGUGGGCUGGGCCGCGGCCAGUCUGACCAUACUGGGUGGCUCCUUGCUGUGCUGCUCCUGCUCCAAAGAAGAAAUGCGAGGGCAGCAAUAUUACCGCCAAUCACAGCCUUCCACAGCCAGGGAACCAAAUGUAAAAAGUACUCCACCAGAGAAAAGGGAGCAGUACUUGUAGUUUGGGAGUCUUCUGGCCUUACCGUGGUUUAGAUUCCGUCAACGUGCAAACCCUCUCACUGAGGAAUUCAAAACAGACAAGAAUGAAAUUCUGGCAGCUUGCAGCAGCAGCAACAAAUAUUUUUUGGACAUGAAUGAAAUAGUUUGUGGAGGUAAUAAAACAGAGCACGGUGUUUUUAGAGGGGCCUAGAGAUGAUGUCCUUGUCUGUGUUGGUGGCUUUGGGGGAGU